UCUAACUGUCUGCUGUUAUGCACCAACCGCCAGGUCAAAUUCCUUGUAUGUCUGACAUAUUUUGGUAUUAAAUGUUUCCUGAUUCCUGCAUUCUCCCUAAGGUUGGGAAUCAGUGACAUUUGUGGCUGGAUGGACAAACCAAAAUGUGUCAGAUGGGCGUUCUUCUUCCUCCUCAUUUUUAUGUUCUUCUUCAUCCUCUGGAUCACUGAGAGAACACCAGGAACGUACAGAAUGAUCCCACCGCCGCACCAGGCUCCGUACACUUGCCCCUUUCAGAUCUCUGAGCGAAGCAUCACCCCGCUCAACAACACCAAGCACUUGCUGGUGUCGGCCUACAUGGACCAGAGAGUGAAUGGCUUGGACGUACGCAUCAUUGGAAUAUUCAAGAGAGACUCCAUCCAAAAACUGCACUGUGUUUUCUGCUGUGCAGGCAAGUUAUCAAGUACAACUCCUGGAACAAUUUUACAACACUCGGACAACUUUGGUUUCCCCUACGUCACUACGGAUGUCAUGUGUCAGAUUCCCCAAAACUGCAACGCCACACAUGUCAAUCUCUUGACUCAGCCAGGAAAGGACCGGCUAGUUGACCAACCCUGGCUUCCUGUAAGAAAUAAGAGAUCCAAUGGGAAGGAAAAAGAGAAGUUGCAGUUUAACUUCACAGUUUGCAUCUCCAACCUGUUUGGAGACUACAACAACGUGCUUCAGUUUGCACAGACCCUGGAGAUGUACAGGUUACUGGGUGUGGACAGGGUGGUGAUCUAUAACACCACCUGCGGCCCCGAUCUCGAUCGCCUGCUGCAGAUCUACAGCGAGGAGGGCUUCGUGGAGAUGGUGCCCUGGCCCAUCGACCAGCACCUGAAUCCAUCGCCUGGUUGGCUCUUCUCACAGAGCGGAGGGGACGUGCACUACUUCGGCCAGUUGACCACACUUAAUGAAUGUAUUUACAGAUCCAUGGACCGCUCACGCUACGUGCUGUUGAACGACAUCGACGAGAUCAUAAUGCCUUACAAACACAACAACCUCACAUCUCUGAUGGACGUCCUCCAACAACAGCAUCCAAAUACAGGUGUGUACCUUAUUCAGAACAACCUCUUCCCGACGAAACAUUUUGAGCCAAGUGGGAGGUUUCACCUGCCUCAGUGGAACGGGGUGCCGGGCGUUAAUAUUCUGGAGCACAUCUACAGGGAGGACCCCGACAGCCAGUCAUACCACCCGCACAAGAUGAUCGUUCAGCCGAGGUUGGUGGAGUGGACUUCAGUGCAUGAAGUGCUCAAGAGUUCUGGACAACAGUUGAAGGUUCCCAUGGACGUUUGUCGAGUCAUUCAUGUCCGAGUGUCUCUGCGUGGGUCGUUGACCCUCAAGCAGCUGAAUGAGGACAAGCGACUGUGGGACUUCCAAGAAAAACUGAUUCCCAGUGUGGACAAGGCGCUGAGGAGAGCUGGGCUGCUGCCCUCAUAGCGGCAAAGCUGAUGUAUUUUGUUUCUGGGGAGGUGAAUUAGUUUGACAUUGUUUGUUGAGGGAACUGAAGCUAAAAAUUGAGCUAAUUUGCAAACAUAUCUCACGUGCCUUUAUUACUUACAAACUGAGCAUGACUCUUCUUCCUUUUUUGUGGGUUUUGUUAGGGAGUUAAGUAGAAGUGUACACCUAGUGGUGGCCUUCUUACUAGCUGCUAGCAGAAUAUUCAGCAGAUACCUGACAUCUCCUGUCAUAUUACUUAAGUGUAAUGGUAAAACAUGUUAUAACAGUCUUAUGCUAAAAGUGUGAUAAUUGUCUGUAUUGAAGUUUAACGUGUGGAAAGCGGAAUGACUCAAAGUUUCCGUUUGCUGCUGUGUACGAAGAAGGGCGGGUCAACAUGCUCUCACACAGACUCUCAGAAAAAGAAACUGUUACCCCAUCUUGAAGUUAACCCUAACUGUCACAGAGUUCCUUCCUGCUGGCAAGCAAUAAAUUUACUUUUACAGUGUUGAUCAUUUCA